AUGCCAUCCCCGAUCGUCAUCCCCUCCAUCCGCGACGAUGACAUCUCAGACCUGGAACCCCUCGACGGCGGAAACUCCGCCUCGGACUCAAGCCGACGCAGCAAGCAUCACCGCUCCCACUCAUCCAUCAGCCGCAGCAGCAAAGACAAGAAAGACAGUCGCGAUGACCGCACUGAUAAACGUCUCGCCCGCCCCGGCCAUGAUCGCCACGACUCAAGCUCCUCUAUGCCCGAUGCAAAAAUCCUCGUCUCCCCAACAACCGGCCGCAAACGGGUCUCAUUCUAUGACGCUGGCCCAGACGCCGAGGCCAUGCAAUCCGCCCUAAAACCACACACGCAACAUAGACAGCAAACCCAUCAUCCAAAUCCUACCCCGACUAUCAAACGACGAGAUCAUUCUCCUUCGCGCAGAAUACAAAUCUCGCGUCCGAAUGCAAGGAAAAGUUCCUCCUUCGCAAAAGUCUGCUACGCAACAGCCCUCGGUCGCUGGGAAUCAGAAGCCUAUUGGGCAAACUGCUAUUACCAGGCCGGGACAUCGCGUCGCGAACUCCUAAUCGAGUCCCUGAUGGGAAGAUCGAAUGCCGCGAUUCGUGAAAUCAAAAACUCUUUCCGUGAUACCAGAUACGAUAAUAGUCUCGAGCGCUGUAUGCGCUCCGAGCUGCGCGCAGACAAAUUCCGUGUUGCCAUUCUCCUUGCGCUUGAGGGCCAGCGACAAGAUGAUCGUGAGCCGCUCGAUAAACGGCUUGUUCGUGAUGAUGUGCAGGAUCUGCAUCGCGCGAUUGUGAGGGAGGGGGGUGAAACCCUAGCACACAUCCUCAACGGCGCAAUAAACAGACCAAUGCGCGAUGCCCUCCUCCUCCACCAGGCCCUACGUGAAUCCCGUACCGGGCGCGAACGCUCAGAACUCCUUAUUUCCCGGCUUGUGCGUUUGCAUUGGGAGCCUAGACACCUCGAUCUCGUCAAGAAUGAGUAUAGACGCAGGUACCACGAGCGUUUGGAGGAGGCUAUUGCCGAGGAGAUUCUCUCGCUGAAUGGUGGACAGGAUUGGGGGGAGUUUUGUAUCGAGUUGGCACGGAAUGCUUGA